AUGGACCAACAUCUCCUCCAGUAUGAAGGCCUGCUGCCAGACGCCCCAACCCCCAUCGCAGAUGUGACGCUGGUGCUGAAGCGCGUGCACGCUGAGCGGGGGAUAGGCGCGCACGAGUGUCGUGAGGAGGAGGCUGGGAGGGCAUCCCGGUCACAGGCCUGGGACUGGCAAAAAAACACAGAGGAGAGGAGGAAAGCGGAGCUGGAGUGGCAGAGCACGGUGGUUGAGCUGCUGGGUUUGAUUAGGGUUGGGUCAGCUUACCCUGCACUGGGCUCUUUGGUGUGGCCUUUGAGCAUUGGGGUGGUGCGUGGUGGAGCGAGGGGUGGGGGGUUGGCAACAACAAAUCUAGUGCAUGUGUAUAUUGAGUGUGAGAGUAUGAGCGAGGGCGCACGGCGGCCUGGAUCGUGUCAGAAGCGGCCGGAGUCAGGUUACUGCCGACAGACUAGAGAGCAGAGAGAGCAGAGCGAGAGAGAGGAGCCAGGGACGGUUGUGGUGGAGCGAGGUCCAGUGCAGAAGAUGCUGCUGUGA